UUGUAUUGCGUAGUUGGGGCUAUUUUUAACCAAAGCCACUUUCUUUGUUCCCCCUUUCACCCUCUGUGGAGCACACCGGGCAGGUCAGCUCUAAACAGAACGGUCAGUUUCUAUGGUGUGGUCAACGCAGUAAGAUCAUGUGGAGUUUGUUCCUUACUAUUUUGAGUGUUUGGCAAGCACGCCGAGUAAGUUGAACGCAGUAAAAGUAAUUUUAGAUUCCCUUAAUAUAGCCCUUUUCUUAGGUUUUCGCCACGGAUUUGAACAAUGUUCGCCUUCCAACGCACCUAAAACCAGUUAACUAUCAGAUCAGUCUGACACCAUUCAUGAUUCCGGGCAACUUCACCGUUUCGGGAUACAUCUCUAUUGUCGUGGAUGUCUUGGAAUCAUCCACCAAUGUGACUUUGCAUACGAAAGACAUUUUGGUGAAAGAGGUGGUGGUUGGACAAGUGCUUGGGUACAAAUAUCCUAUUGAUCGGAUCGAGUUGGUUGAAGAGCUUGAUUUUUUCGUCAUUCAUCUGCAAGAACCACUCAAGAUAGGCGAGCAACAUGUCAUCAGAAUGAGGUUUAUCUCUAAAUUAAGCGAUGGACUCCAUGGGUUUUAUAGAAGUCAAUAUCUGGCAGAUGAUGGAACAAUCAGAACCCUGGCGACGACUCAGUUCGAGCCAACUCAUGCCAGAAAAGCUUUUCCCUGCUUUGAUGAGCCUCAAAUGAAGGCCAAGUUCAACAUUCGGAUCGGCCGAACAGCGGGGAUGCACGCCAUUUCCAAUAUGCCCAAGAUCCAGAAUCCGAUUCGCUACUCUUCCGAUUUACCUGGUUACAUUUACGACCAAUUCGAGGAAUCCGUUCCCAUGUCCACUUACCUCGUUGCCUUCGUGAUCAGCGAUUUUGAAUUCAACGAGAGCGAACUUCGACAGAAUAACGUCACGUUUCGAAUCUGGGCUAGGAAGAACGCUUUGGAUCAAACGGAUUAUGCUCGUGGGAUUGGUGCUCGAAUCCUUCAGUACUUUGAACAUUACUUUGACAUCGAUUUUCCUCUCCCCAAACAAGAUAUGAUUGCCAUCCCGGAUUUCAGUGCCGGAGCAAUGGAGAAUUGGGGACUAAUCACCUACCGUGAAACAACCCUUUUAUACAAGCGUGGAGUGUCGCCAAGAUCGGCUAAGCAAAGGAUUGCUCUGGUUGUGAGCCAUGAGCUGGCUCACCAAUGGUUUGGCAAUCUGGUUACCCCUAAAUGGUGGACAGAUUUGUGGUUGAACGAAGGUUUCGCCUCAUACGUUGAGUAUUUAGGGGUUGAGGCCGUGGAACCGAACAUGAAAGUCAUGGAACAGUUCAUUACAUCCGAACUCCAGAACGUGAUGCGAGUGGACGCUUUAACUUCCUCCCAUCCAGUUUCGGUGAAGGUGUCCAAUCCCGAUGAGAUAGCUCAGAUUUUUGAUAGAAUCUCCUAUGGGAAAGGAGCCACGAUCAUCCGAAUGAUGGAUCACUUCCUCACUGAGAACACUUUUAGGAAAGGAGUGGCCAACUAUCUUCGUCACUUACAGUACAAGAACGCCGAUCAAGACGACCUUUGGCGAUUCUUAACGGAACAAGGCCACGCUGAUGGAACUUUGCCUGAAUCGAUGAAUAUCAAAACCAUUAUGGACACGUGGACACUUCAAACUGGAUUCCCAGUGUUAAACGUCAAACGUGAUUACUCCAGAAGGGCUGCCAAUAUCUCACAAGAACGGUUCUUUCUAAACAAAUUGCACCAAAAUGGCUCACCAUUCAAAUGGUGGAUCCCAGUAACGUAUCGAUCAUGCAACAACAUGAAAAAUCCGGCGCAUCCGGAUGUCCAUUGGUUAUCCCAAGAUCACGAUUGGAAAAUGGUUUUUGACCUUCCAGAGUCCGACCAACCUGUGGUUUUUAAUGUCCGGCAAACAGGUUAUUAUCGGGUCAACUACGACAUCAGAAACUGGAAUCUACUUAUCGAUCAACUGGAGACUCAUCCAUGGAAGGUGCUAACAGAGAAUCGGGCGCAAAUUGUGGAUGAUGCCUUCAAUUUGGCCAGAGCUGACGAAUUGGAAUACUGGGUUCCCUUAAAGCUCAUCAGCUACCUUCGGAAAGAACAGAGUUUGGUGCCCUGGAGAUCAGCAACCAUGUCCUUCAGAUAUUUGAAAAGCAUGUUCCAAAGAACACCGGCCUAUGGAGAGUUCCAGAAAUUCAUGAAACACACGGCCAGACCCGUUUAUCGUCAACACGGGCUGAGAAGCAUGAUCCACAACGCCCAUGAAGAUUCAUUGCUCCGGAGCGAGAUCAUCGAUUGGGCUUGUUCAAUAGAAGUGGAAGAGUGUUGCAAUAAUGUACGAGAACUCUUCGAUGUCUACGUAAGAUCUGGACGAGAUCAAGACGGAAUCAAUGAGAACGAGAUCGAAACGGCAGACGAAGAUUUCAAAGAAGAAGAGGGCGGAGAAGCGAUUGCUGAAAUGGAUUUUACAGAGGCUCACGAGGUCGACAUGGAUUUGAAGAAGGCCAUCAUGUGCAACGCAUUGGCCUUGGGGGGUGAGAAGGAAUGGAACCAGGUUUGGGCGAGCUACUUGGCCAGUAAUGUGGCCGCUCAAAAACAAUAUCAUCUCCGGAUCCUGGCGUGCACCAAAGAGAUUUGGAUCUUGAACAAAUAUUUGAACAUGUCAGUCAACCCCCAAUCAGGGAUUAGGAAACAAGACGCCACUUUGGUCAUUUCCAAUGUGGCACGAAACGUUCACGGCCGUGACUUGACCUUCGAUUUCGUACGCUCUCAUUGGAACCAUCUCAAGGAUUACUUAGGCGGGAGAUUUGAACGAGCAUUGGGAUCGGUGUUAGGUGGCCGGAAUACGCAAUUAGAACUGGAUGAGCUGAGGGCUUUUGUGAAGAUGCAUGAAGGCGAAUUUGGAGCUGGACAACGUGCUGUGGAACAAGCACUAGAAACUACGGAAGCCAAUGUCCAUUGGAUGGACACCCAUUACUACUACAUCACUGAUUGGUUAUCACAACAAAACCAAAUCCAAGCUUUCACCACAUGAAUGCGACGUGUUUUUUUUUUUUUUCAUUUUCAAAUUCAGCAAUAAAAUCAAUCAGCAAAUGA